AUGCAAUCUGACAAAGAGAAAUUUAACGUUGUUCAUCGACAUUUAUCUUCAAGCUUUCGCCAUCUUGGACGGAUGAUUGGACGUCAUCCUUUGUAUUUUGUAGUAAUACCAUUAUUAUUCACUGUUCUAUCCACUUUGGGUUUAUUCAGACUACAAGUUAUUAAAGAUUCCGAAUAUUUACAUGUUCCAUCAAACGGAAGAACUUGGAAAGUCAAAUCAGAUGUAGAGAAGUUCUUUCGGGAUAAUGCUACAGACUUUGAUUUUACUCGAAUGACAAUGUAUAAAGGAGCGAAUAUGAUUAUAGCGACGUGUAAAGAUGGAGGAACAAUGAUGCGUGAAUACGUAUUUGAUGAAUUACAAAUGCUAAACGAAAAGAUUCUCGACAUAAAAAUAACAUGGAAAGGACAAAACGUAACGUAUUCCGAUAUCUGUAUGAGAUCGGAAGGAGAGUGUUUCCAAAAUAAUUUAUUAUCUUUAAAAACUAAAUUUGAAGAUGUUAGAAGAAAAAAGCUACAGAUUAAGUAUCCUUUAGAGAUAAAUUCAUCUCACAUUAGUGUAGAUGCUAUCAAUUUAGGAGGAGUUUCAACUGACGAAGACAGUUUUAUAACAGAUUUUCAAGCAUUUCGUUUACUCUAUUUCGUCGAUUAUCAUAAUUCCAGCAAACAAGAAAUUGCUCACAAAUGGGAAGAAGAAUUUCUAAAAACACUUGCUGAAAAUUCCUUCGUUUACAUUCGAAUAUCAAAAAUGAGUGGAAUUAGUAUCGAUAACGAAGUUAAUAAUAUAUUUUGUAACUUGUAUGACGAAGGACUGGGUGACAAGUAA